GUGUUAGGUUAGCGCGAGGCGUGACCUAGUUGACAGGCUCUGAGGUGCUGCUGUGGAAGCGGCCGUCGGGCUGAGGCGGGUAGGAGCCCAAGCCGAGCGCGGGCUGAGGGAGGAGGGCGACGACUGGACGGCGACGAGCGGCGCAAGACGCAGAGCCUCUUUCACUUUUUUCCUCCUGGUUGCCCCCCUCCCACCCCUCCCACUCCACACACACCCUGCUUGCCCGUGAGCCUGGGGAACUUGCAGUUUAAAGCCAGCCACCCCCACGGCAGCAUGUACCCCAGCAACAAGAAGAAAAAGGUGUGGAGAGAGGAGAAAGAACGUUUACUGAAGAUGACCUUAGAGGAGAGGCGCAAAGAAUACUUAAGAGACUAUGUUGCCUUGAACACAAUUCUAUCCUGGAAGGAGGAGAUGAAGGGAAAGAGCCAAAAUGAUGAGGAAAAUACUCAGGAAACAUCAGAAGUGAAGCGAAGUUUGAGUGAAAAAGUUUCUCUCUAUAGAGGUGACAUCACAUUGCUAGAGGUAGAUGCUAUAGUCAAUGCGGGUACAAAAGAUUCUGAGGGAAGAAAGUAUGCAGCUGAUUGUUAUUCUUUUUGUUUCAUUGAAGUGACCAAUUUUAAAUGAAAAUGUCAAUUUGAAGUUCUAGUUUUCCUCCUGAUUCAGAUUCAGUGUGUUUUCUCUUUUUUUUGUUAUUAAAGAGACAAGGAAAUAAAACUUGACAUUUUUUUCUGUGUAAAUCCCAAACUUUAGGUUUGAUAAAAUACUAUGAUUUUUCUCUUUAUAUACUCUGUAUUAAGAACAUACAUGUAUUUUACAUUUAUAAAGUUAUUUAUUUCUCUUAUCACUCAAUAGCUAAGGAACAUUUCUGUCUUCCCACAUUUCCCCAAUCAGCCCUUCAUCUUCCAUCCCUUCACUUUUCCCUUAUUUUCUUGCUUUUGCCUUAGCCUCUUCUCUCUUCCACUCAACUGGCUAUUCUGAUGUUUUUCUAGUUUACCCCACGGCUUUGCUCAAAGAAGUGCAAAAUGGAGGAAGCGGAAAAUCAAACACAGCAUAUUAUAGUGAUGCAUGCUUAUACUGGCUCAGUUCACAAUAGCUAAGCAGUGAAAAUCUAAGUGGACAUCCAUCAACAUAUGAAUGGAUAACAUUUUAUAUAUGAUAUACAUGCGUGUGCAUACCUACACAUUUUUCAGUUAUACAGAAGAAUGAAAUGUUAUUUGUAGAAAAGUGGAUAAAACUAUCAUGUUAUAUGAAAUAACCAUAGUCAGAGGGUUUUAAUGUAGCAUAUUUUCUCUUGUAUGAGGAACCUAAAAUAUGAAUAAAUAUCUAAAAUAAAGGAGAAAUGAUAGGAAACUAGAAGACUCCUUUUUCCCCCUCUUUUCUUCCCCUUUCCCUUCUCCUCCUCAGUCUUUUCCUUCUCCUUCUUCUCUUAUAAUUCUUAUCAGUACAAAUAUGUUAUUUCAUUUUUCUGGAUUUCUUCCCUGUAGUAUCUGUCUAUGUUAUGCUUUCUUUUUUAAAAAAUGUGAAUUAAGUUUAUUGGUACAUAGUAAAUAUACAUAAUGAAAACACUCAUCAUAGGGGUUUUGUACCUGUAUGUGAUAUAUCUUGCUUCUCUUGCUUCUCUUUUUCCAUUCCUCUCCCCUCCCUUCAACCUGUCUUCCCUUCCUUAUUUACAAAUCUUUGUUGCCCUGUUUUUUUCUCAUUUUUUCUUUUCUCUUCCUUUCUUUCUCUUUCUCCCUACCUUCCUAUUUGAACAUUUUCUUCCCAUUUCUCAACAUCUAUUACAUAUCUUGGUCUUUAUUUACCCUUUCAUUUUCUCACAAGACAAACAAUAUGAUAUUUACACAUUUGUCUGAUUUAUUUCACGUAAGAGUAUAGUCUUAGAAUUAUAGUCCUGUCUUGGUUACUUUUCUCUUAUUGCUGGGACAAAAUACCCAACACUAAAAGUGAAGGAAGAAAAGGUUUAUUUAGCUCACGUUUGUGGAGGUUUCAGUCCAUAAUUAGCUAAUUCCAAGGCAGGGUGGCAUGGCACAUAGGCAACACUUGAAGGUAGCAGCCAGCAAAAGCAGCCAAAGCAAAAGAGGGGAGAGUAAGCCUCUUCUCUUCCCUUAUAUUGUAAGCAGGCUACCCUUCAUCCAGAGUGAGUAUAGCACUCGCACAACCUCUGUGCCCUCUUCUUGCACAGGAUGAGGAUAUUUACCAAGUAAGGAUCCUGGCUCCCUGCUGAGUCUAAGUUAAAUUUCUUACCUAGAAAUGUUUUAGGUUUAUCUUUAUGGCUGAGGAGUACUCCAUCCAUUGUAUAAAAAAACAACUUUAUCUGUUUAUCAGUUGAUGGGCAUUUAUGCUAUUUCCAAGAUUUAGGAAUUACAAACUGUGCUGCUAUAAACAUGAACAUGUAUAUAUCACUGUGAUAUAAUGUUUUUAAUUCUUUUGGGAAGAUACCAAGAAGGGGAAUAGCUGGCUAGAAUGAAACCUCUAGGUUUGAUUUUUUGAGAGAUCUCCAUACUGAUUUCUGUAGUAGUGGCACCAGUCUAUACUUCAACUAACAAUGGAGAAGGGUUCUUUUUUUCUCCUCACAGCCCCUACAGAAUUUGUUAUUGGUUGAUUUCUUGAUGAUAGGCAUUCUUUCUGGAGUGAGAUGGAAUCUCAGUGUUGUUUUAACUUGCAUCUCUUGAAUGACCAGUCAUAUUAAACAUUUUUUUCAUGUAUUUAUUUGCUGUAUGUACUUCUUCAUCUGAGAAGUGUAUAUUCACUUCAGAUACCAAUUUUUGAACUGGGUUUUAAAAUUUGAGGAUAUGAAAUUUUUUUUUAGUUUUCUGACUUUGCAUGAAAGUAAAAUCAAAAUGGAUCAAAGUUCUAAAUAUAAAACAUAAAUAUUAAAUCUACUGGAAGAGAGAAUAGGUAGAACUCUUGAAGACAUAGACGUAGGCAAAAUUUUUAUGAACAAAACUCUGAUUGCAUGGGAAAUAUUAUAAAGAAUCAACAACUUGGCUGUCAUCUUACUAAAAAGCUUCUGCAUAGCAAAAGAAAUCACCAACAGAAUGAAGAGACAAUACAUAGAGUCAGAAGAAUUUUUAUGUGCUUUCUUAUUAAAGAGAAAACUUCUUAGCUGGAAUCAACUCAUAUAAGGCUUUUUAAAGGUUAUUUUUAAUUGGUCAGAUUUCUUUUAGUAAUAAGAGCGAUGGAAAGCUAAGAAAAAUAAUGAAGAAACCACUCAAGUAUGAAUUUAGCAAGAAGAAGUAAAGAUGAUGUUGUAGUUAGGGGUUGCAAGAAGAACAAUUACAUGCAGUACACAUAAUUUAUAGUAUUAUUUAUAAUGGCCACCCAAGAAGUCAAAUACAAAGAAAGUUCAGGAAAUUUGUCUACAACACUAGAGUCCUAGAAAAUCCAGCUCAUGGGCCUGGAUCCUAUGGUAAUAACCUGCAUGAAUUCAGCUAAAAGCCUAGAGCCCUCAGCAAUGAUUCAUGCAAGUCUGUUUCACGGAUCUGUACUCAGAAAGCCCAAAGGUCAGAGAUGGAAGCUAGAAAAUCUGUGCGGUAGGUUGAGGGUUCUGCACUGGAGUCAAGAACCUAAGCUCAAAAUAAGGACCAGGCUCCCCCCAAAAUACCGUAUAGCCAUCCUCAGUGACAGUGAGGUCCUGAGUUCCUCUAACGGUAACAGCUGAGAUCGUAUCAGGAAGCCAGAGUGACAAGCUUCUGGAGUUUGAACAGCAUACAUCUCCUUCUCCAAAGCAAGGAAGUGAUGCUCAAAGUAAGGGCUGGAGCUCCCCCAAAGUGAACCACAGCCACUCUCAAAAACAAGGUUCUGAGCUCCUCUUAUGAUAACAGCCAAGUUCAUAUCAGAGAGGCCAGCAUGACAAACCCUCCAGGAGAACCAACAGCUCCAAACAAUACUUAGGAGAAUCCACUUGCUACUUUUUUUUUCUCUAGGUCUCCUUUGUAUGCUGGCACCAAUCCUCAGGUGGGCCAUCCACACUCAGCACCACACUGACUCAGUUCAGCUGGUGUUUAAGUUGACCACCAGUUACCAAUCCACUACAGAUGAUAUAGAAGAAAAUAUAGUGGUGAUAAUAAUGUCUAUUUCAAGAACAGGCAGGGAUUGGGAGUUAUAAACUGGUCAUGCAUCUGAAAGUAACAUUAUAACAGCAAAGAUUUCUUUUGUAUUAUGUACUAGAGGAAGAACUUUCCCCAAUUAUUUUCUAAAAAUAAUGUGUAAUUCUCAUUGAAAUUCUACACAUUUUAUAUGGUAGUCUUGCAGCUACCCUGCCUGUUUUAAGUAGACUUAAUAUAUAUAUAUUUAUCAUUUUAAAAAUUCAGCAAAUGUAGGCUAAAAUAAAAAAUAUAUAAUCUCAGCACAUUAAGGAUUGCAGUUAUAUUUUGGGGAUAUAUUCUUUCAGUAUUUUGAAUGGCUGAAUUUAUAUUUAGCUUUUCAAAAAUGAGACGAUACUACCCUUAGUGUUUUAUAGCCUCUUUCCCUUAUCUGCUGGACAACACAUAAUAAUCUGCCUGCAUCACAAAGUAUCUUCUAAAUCAUGGUUUUUGAUAACCAUAUCAUAUAGAUAGGUCAUAUAUGGUAGCCUUUUAAUCUUAUACUGCUGAACAUUUAGACAUUUUAAUAAAGUAUUUAUUACUAAUUGCACUGUUAUGAUUAUUUUUAUGAUUCUUUAUAUAACACAAUUAUUAUGUCACACUAAAUUCUUAUACAGGGCUACACAGAGCAAAGCAUAGACAUUUUUCAGGCUUUUGAUACACAGUCCCAAGUGGCCCUCUAGAAUGGUUGCUACUGAUUGUUUCAUCUGUCUGUGGUAAUAAGUGAUUUGACCUAAAUUUUUAAGAAAUCCAUCUGUAUUUCUUGUAUGGAAAAAUAGGGCAUGUCUUGACUUUGUAAUUGGUAAGAUGGACACUUACACAUAAGCAGCUACUCUUGUGUUGAGCUUUUUGCAUUUAUUUUUGUGAAUGAUUAUUACGAUUGGGCAAAUAAUUAUAUGGGUGGAGAAACAGUAGAUGUGGCAGGGUUAACUGCUGCGUUUGGGAGUAUUUUUUAAAGUAUUCCAUGUUCGAACCAGACUUUCAAAGUUCUAUAAUACUGGAAUUUUACUGAAUGACUUUCUCCAAAACAAAAAACAUAUAUUUAGUAUUCAGUAUUAAAUACCAUAUUUAUAGAAAACCUUCUCAAAGGAAUAGAGAAAGUAUGUUUGUUAGUGUGCACACUAAGAUUUAUGUUAAAACCAAAAAAAAAAAAAAAGGGAGUAAAAGUGGGUCUGCAGACAAGAUUGAAUCUGUGCUUGGUAUUCAUCCAUAUGGUGAUGAUCCUGAACCCUGCAGUUCCAAGCCUAUGUAAUGUGGAGUAUAGGCAGCUGAUAGUCAUUGUGGAUUUAGAGUUUAUUAUUUUUUUUCUGAAAAUGGCUAUUUGGAAUGCUGUAGCUUAUGUUAAAUUUUUAGAAAAUUUGAAUUGGGUUUAGUUGAUUACUUUGUCAGUUAAUUUGCAGCUGGUAUAAUCUGCUAAAGUAGAUGUCAGAACUGAGCCAUUACUCACAGUAGUUUGAAUCUAGCCUAAUUUCUGCUAUUCAGGAGGGUAGGAGAGUUGUGGAGAAAAAAGUCAUUUUGGAUGGUUUUAACACUAUGUUGUAUCUGCCAUAAAAUUUUGCGUUUCUUUUUUAAAAAAUUUUAUUUAAGGAGAAAAAGAAAACAGAAAAGAGGUACAAGUUAUACAGAAUUUCAGAAAAAAUAAACAGGAAAUCACUAGUUAAUAGAUUACAUAUUUUCAUCUUAGAAAUAGUUGUUCAAGUUACAAAAUUAAAGCAUAUAAAGUGGACAUUGAAACAGUGAGACUGCAAAGAGUUCUGUUCAAUGAUCCAACAAAACUCAGUACUAUGGUUAUCUAUCUUAUACACUGAAAUAUGCAUGUAUUUAUAUCCUUUAGAGCACUUUCUUUUCCUCUCUUUUGUAUAAUGACAAUUACACAUUUUGGGUUUUAUUACUCCCACAGUUCUUAUUACUUUUUUUGAAGAGAAUAAAACCAAAUAUGACAACAAAACAGAGUCAGUCAAAUCAAAAGGAUGGACAUAAUACAUACUGUAAAAACAAAAAACAAGGUGUUCAACAAUGGUUACCAUAAUGCCUCUUGCUAUCUUAAAAAGAAUUGCCUAUAUCAUCAGUUAUAAUAAAAUUGAACAAAACAGUAAAGAACAAAACCAAUAAAACCAAAACAUUAGAGACAUUACAGGACUUCAAAAGAAGAUAAUAAUCAAACCAUAAUGGGCGUCAUAAUGAAUCUUAUUGUCUUCACAGUUGUUGUGUAUAUUCUCGAACUUGGUAGUAUCAAGCAAAACAGAACAGAGGGAAAUCAGUCAAAACAAGAUGGUGAGAGCAAUAUAGGGUUUCAAAUCAAGUUAAUAGGAAAUCAAAGUGGUUUACUAUGAUAUAUCCUGCUAUUUUUUUAUUUUUCCCUUAAAUUAAAAAGAUAAAAAUAAAAAGUAAAUAAUAAAAAAAGGAGAUUGAGAUAAAAGAGGACAUAACAGCAAAACAGCACAGGUCAAAACAAACAUUUAAGCAAAAGAGUGUUUCACUACCAGAUAUCCCGGCAUAAAAGUAGUUACCAUAGUGUCUCUUUCCUUGAAAUCUUUGAGUAUAACUUCGUAUACUGUAGCAUCAAACAUAUCAAGACAAUGUAAAACCAUUCAAGAGAAUGACAGUAUUACAGGGUAUUUAGAACCAACUAACAGAAAAUGAAAAAUGGUUUGUGUAUAAUCUCCUUGCCUAUAAAAGUUUUUGUUUAUAUUAUCACAUAUAGUAAAAUCCAAUAAGAUGCAACAUGUUAAGAUUGAUGGAGACAGAAGGACAAAAGCUUGAUGGGACUUCAAAACAAGAUAAUAUUAAAUCAGCAAUAGCUAUUAUGAUGUCUUGUUUUCUCCAAAAUAGCUGUUCCUACCAUCCAACCUUCUCUGCCUCAUUUCUAUUGAGCUCUUUUUCUGUCAUUAGUUGUCAGUUUGUCUUCUUCAUUUUGAUUUCUGCUCCAUUCAUUGUAGCCUCUCUUCCACUGUUUCUGGAAUCUUGGUAUUUUUCUUUUUUUAAGAAUGUCCAGCAGUGUUCUCUGUAGAGUUGAAUUGGUGGCUGCAAAUUCCCCAAUUCCUCUUUAUCCUGGAAGCACCUUGUUUUUCCAUCAAUUUCUGGGGACAGUUGUGCAGAAUAUAUCAAUCUUGGCUGGAGGUUAUUAUCUUUCAAAGCUUGAAUUAUUUCCUCCCAUGCUCUUUGUGAUUUGAUGUUUUGUGCUGAGAAGUCUGCUGUAAUUCUGAUGGGUGUUCCGUUGUAAGUGAUCUGUUUCUUGUCUCUGACAGCUUUUAAUAUUCUGUUCUUUAAUUGGAUUUCUGGAAUUUUGAUUAUUAUAUGCCUGGGUAUAUUUCUGUUUGGGUUGUAGGUGGCUGGGGUCCUGUAUGCCUUAUACAUCUAAGUAUCUUUACCUUUUCUUAAAUCAGGGAAAUUCUCCUGGAUUAUUUCUGUGAAUAGCCUUUGUAGUUCAUUUUUUUAUGUCCCUACUUCUUCCUUUAUGUUUUUAAUUCUUAAGUUAUAGAUCCUUUAAUCUUCUAGCCUUUGUAUUAUUCCUGUUUGUUUCCUUGUUAUUUUUAAGAAGUUUUUCAUUUCAUGCUCCCACAUUACAAAUCUGUCCUUCAGUUCAGAUAAUCUAUCCUUGGUUUCUUUCAAGCUGUUAUGCCAGCUUUCAAUAGAGCUUUUAGUUUCCUGGUAAUCUCUUUGAACCUGUUUCACGUAUUCUAUGUUUUCUCUAUUGAACAAUUCUCCCCUUUUUUUCUGUUCUUCCAUUCCACCAUCUGUUUUUUCUUGGGUGGUGCUUAGCAUUUCUCUAACUAUUCUACUUAUAUCUUGCUUUAGGUCAUUAAAUACUUCGCUUUUGAACUCGUCUAUGAGACUUUAUGUCUAUUGGUGCUGUGUCUGAUAUUGCAUGUUUCUGUCCUCAUUCUCCUUUGCAUUUACCUUUCCUGGAUCAGUCUUCUCAGGAUUGGGAGCCAAGGACCCUUUUUUGUUGCUCCUUCUUCCCAUACUUUUUGUUCCUUCCAUAUAAGCAUAUAUAGGGGGCCCAGUUUCUUUCUUCAUCGGUUACAGUUUGCUUGAAUCUGCUGGCUAGGUGUUCCCGCCCACUGCAUUGUACUAGGGAGACACAGAUCUGGGCAGCCUCUGCUGGGCCUGCCCCUCCAGGUCAGUCAACCUACUGAAGGCUUCACUGCUAGGGUACACCACCAGGCGCUGGGACCUGGUUUGGGCUAGCCUACAGGGUCUAAGUCCAUGGUGUCACCCAGGUCAGGGCUCCCUACCAAUCCUGCUUGAGAGGGGAAUAUAUGACUAAAGUCACUGCAGUGUCCUGUUCUGGCUAGUCUGCCCCGUCCCAGAAUGUCCUCUGUUAGAGCCUCCUAGAUUAUAGAAGGGUCCCCGUUCCUCUCACUCAUCACAGGUUGAUGCAGGGCUCCCCGCCAGUUCCACUCUCAACUCUGUUCGCCGAUUCCCACUCUCAGAGAUUUUGCCUCUCUGUCCCUGCUGUGUUGAUUCAGACGCAGCAGCGGCGGUAGGAAAUUCAAAUUGCCGUGCGGGUUCCAGCUUCUGCUGAGAUUUUAUCUGUUCCAGUUACAGCACCAGGAUUGCAUUUCCAGUUGGUUUCUCUCAGCUUAGUUCUUUCCUGGUUCAGCAGGGUAUAUCUCCCCUUGCUUAGGACUCCUCACCCCGCACCAUUCCUGGAUUUUAAGCUGGGUAUCUCAGGGAGCCUCCGUAGCUGCUGUUAUCUAUUCGCUAUGUUCUCCUAGAAGAAAAUUUUGCAUUCCUUAAUCCAAAAAAAUUUUUUUGCACUUCACAUUGUAUUUAAAGAAUAUAGCACAGGUUUUUCAGUGUGGAAGUAUUGUUUUCUUAUAUUCUAUAGGUUCUUAAGGAUAGCCUGAAAAUGACAAUAAGGUAAAGAGAAAUAUCCAUGAAAUCUAUUUUUUUUUUCUCUCCAAACCUACUAAACGUUAGGAACCUGUGUGUAUUAGGAAGUUUUGCUGUCAUUGAAACAAAAUCCCAGACGUCUGCCACUUAAAGGAGGAGACUUUUACUUUGGCUUAUUGUUUCAGAUGUUUCAAUCUAUAAUUAGCUGGCACUAAGGCAGAAAACUGCAUGGCAGAGGGGCCUGAUGGAGUAAAACUGCUCAGCCCAUGCCAUUGUGGAAGCAGAGAGGAGCAAGAGACAAAAAGAAAGAGACCAGGGACAAGAAUACUCUUUUCCUAGUCACACUCCCAGUGACCCACCUCCUUCAAACUGACCCUGCCUCCUAACAGCACAGUUUAACUAGGAACUUAAAAUGGAUUAACCUUCUGAUAAGCUUUGCAUCUCUACAAUAGAGUCACCUUCUAAGAGCCUCACCUCUGAGCACAUGAGAAUUUUGAGGAAUAUUUAGAUUUAAACCUUAACAUUGUGCUAUUAGGCCUCUUUAGAGUUUGAUAUUUAAGUGCUAGCCAAGAGAUAGAGAAGGAAGUACAUUGCUUUGAGAUUUAGCUAUGAAAUUGUGCCUUAUGUCUCUGAUCUCAGCUAUUUCCUAUAAGGAAUAUUUUCUGUGUUUUACUUUGUUGAAUUUUCAUGUUUUUGAGUACAAUUUUACAAUUAGUUUUGAAGGAAAAACAAAAGUAUCAUUUUCCAAGUUGAUUCCAUGGUAAAAAAAAUUUAGCUAGAUUUAGUAGUAGCUUUAAAACCACUUUAGUAAUUAGGUAGCAACUGAUUUCACUUUCUCAUAUCUUAAUACUUAAGUCCCUCAUUCACUAGGCUCCAUAAUUUAUAUAUGGUUCUUCAUGUUGCAAAGAUGUUUUGGCCCAAUAAACUUUGUUUUCUACAACUUUUAUGUUUCUUUAAAAUCAAGUAACUAUGUAACAUAAUGUGGUCUAUUAUGCAGAAUAUAUGCUGUGGUAACACAAUCAGUUCCAUUGUAUUUGACAAUAGUUUUUUAAAUCUUUGAAUAAAUUAUGUGAGUCAAAAAUUAUUAUUUUGAAUAUUUUUUCAUUUUUUCAUCUUAAGUUUAUUUUAACUUUAUAUAUUUUCAAUUAGUCCACAUACUUAUUCUUGUUAAUCGAUAAUUAUGUUUCAAUUAUUAAAAUCUUUCCUUGAUUCUGUCACAAUGUGAUCAUUUUUAUACCUAUAAUUUCAUGGCUUCUUUCUUCAGAUGAUCAUAUAUACCUAUUACUUCUUGGAUUCUGUGAUAAUGUAGUCAUUUAUACCUCUCUUUAUAUAUUUACAUUAAUUUUACAUUUUGUAUUGACAACCCUUUACUAUUUGUUUUCUUAGUCACUUUCUAGUUCUGGGGACAAAUAUCCAACUCCCAUAAUUUAAUGGCUCACUUUUAUAGUUCAUUAUUGGCUGGCUCAAAAGCAUGGAGGUAUAGUGGAAAGACAUAGUAGAGGAAAAGCUAUUCACAUUAUGGUCUUUAGAAAGUGGAGGGAGAGGGACGGUGUCAAGAAGGGGAGAUAUGCCCUGCCAGAUCACAUCCCCCACCUCUUCACAUCAGGCUCUCCCUCCUAACAUCAUAUUUAACUAUAUCCCCCAAAUUCUGUUACCUUUCAGAAACCCUGCCUAUGAGCACAUGAGGCUUUGGGGAGACACCUACAUAUAAACUAUAACUUUAGCCAAACAAUUUAAUCUGCUUUGAUCAUAAACUAAAAGUGAGACAAAUGAGUUGUUAUAGAUAAAACAUAGUUAUAGACAGAUAUCAGUCAACUCUUCAGUUGAUGAUUGAAAUGGGUGGCUAAGAUUAUCAGGGUAAAGCAAGUAAUAUACAUAAAGGUUUUCCUGAUAUCAGCAAAUGCUUGAGAAAAAAUUCUAGAAAUAGCAAGAUGAAAUUGAUGAAUUUAACAAAUCUUUCAUUAGAGGUAAAGUGUGAUUACUAGAAAGAAAAAUAGUCAAGUGAGAAAUGAGAAGAGUAUAGUCUUCAGACAGAACAGGAAACCUUCCUAGUGCUUUGCUGGUGAUCCUAGAUACUUUAGCACAGCUGAACAAAGAUAACUGUAUUCCUUAUAUAAAUAAAAAGGGAAAGAAAAGGUUAUUUGGGAAUUUUGAGAUGGGAAGAUGCUUAGUGUUUUAGCUGUUCUGUCAUUCUGGUAACACUGUAGGGUGGGUGGCUGGUCAGUUCCAAGAGCACACUAAGAUUUUUGUCAGAUAUAAUAUGUAGCUAUUAAUGAGAACAUAUGGUAUAUUAACGUUAUUAUAUUGAUCAAAGGAAACAACAUAAGAGCCUCAACAAAUGGUUUCUGAAUGUAUAAAACUGAGGAUACUUAUAAUUAAGGAUUUUUUCAGAUACACACACACACACACACACACAUACAUAGAGAGAGAGUCAGAGAGACAGAAACACAUGUACACAGAGAGGCAGACAGACAGACAGAGAGACAAAGAGACAAAGACAGGGAGAGACCAAAGGUAUAAUAAAUGUUUUAAAGUGAGAAACAAUAGGUCUUUGAUAGAAUUUCACUAUGCCAUUUAAAAUAGUCCCCAUAAUUUUAAUUCUAAUGUGGGUUAUUUUUUCAUAAGUCUGGGUUAUGUAACAGAGAAGUGAAUAUUUUAAUGAUGUAUUUAUGUAGUGUCAAAAAUGAAGAAGCAAUCUUUUCACUAUUUUUUUCCAGCUGACUUUUGUUCUUAAUUCUAAUUUGCCAGUUUGGAGGAAUGAUUUGUCAGCUCUUCUGUGUAGAACUUUAAAGUGAGAUAAAAAUAUUUUAAAUGCGUAAGUAUAGGAAGGAAAGAACAGGUCUGUUUCCCAAAACUUUGAACUAGUGUUUGCUUAUUUCUUAAUAGUGUUAGAUCUACUAAAUAUUUAAAAGGCUUUUAACGAUAAAUGGCUCUUUUUCGUUUCUCAUGGUGCUGAUGACUUGGUUGUAUCUAAUUUUAGACCGGUGUCAUCAUUAUUGAGUUGCAAUGUGUUCUCAUUAUGCCUGAUGAGUGUUCUGGCCAGCUUUUGUUGUAGCCUGAGAACUUUUUAUAUGAUGAAAAUUCAAGAAAUUGAAAUUCCAUACACACUGAAAAUGGAACCUGUCAGAGUAGAUUCAGUAUAUAAUUUAGUAGUACUUUUUGAAUUUUAUCUGUAAGCUCUGCUGAUUUUCUUAGGAGAUUCUGGUCUCACAUGAGUUUGAUUGUAUACCUGUCCAUCUUCUCUUGGUCCAUAAGACUAUGUAAUAACUUCUUUCAGUGAGAUCUUUGGAAAUACUGUCUACAAAUCUCUAUUUUAGUAUUUAUCUUGAGUGUUAUUGUUAGUUGUUUACAUGACACUGUCCUGCUACAGUGUGAGCUCCUUAAGGAUAAGAAAUAAAAGCUUUUCUUCUUUACAUCUCCCUAUGGGUGAAAAGAAAACAGCUUCAUGGAAGUUUUGACACUUUAAGUAAGUGUUGGAAUCUCCUAAUUUAGGCUAGAAUAAAAGUACAUUGUUCUGACUCGAAAGUCCUAGUGAUAGUCAUUCCUUUACACAUAUGCAUGGGUGCAUGCACACGUGCACAGAUGCACACACAUCCUGUAUUCCUUAAAAAAAAAAUAUAUAUAUAUAUACAUACCCAUAUGUAUACAGAUAUAUUGGAAAUGAUAUUAGAAAAUAUAUAGAGUAUAAUCAUAAGCAUAUUUUUAAUAACAUUCUGUCUGAAGAAAGAUAAUUGGCCUAAAAGAUUCAAAUGCCUUUAUAGUUUCUUCUAAGUUGCUUGCAGAGUCCUGUGUCUGUAAUCUCACUAUUUGGGAACAGCAGAAUCUUUUAAGUAGUUUGAGACCAGCUCAUGCAACAGAACAAGGCUCUAUUAUCUCAAAUAAAAAGCAAAACAAAACAAAAAAUGAACUGUUUCUUCUAAUGUUUCUUCUAAUGUUUCUGCUAUUUAUGUUUUAUAUUUUCAUCUGUAUUUAACUUUAUCUUUACAGUUAUAUAUUGUUAUCAGUACUUUGCCAUCAGUAUGCUAUUUUACAUUUUUAUUAUCUGUAGUAUAAGGAACAUUAUACUAAAAACUUUUCAUGCUUGUCUUUUUGUAUUCUUUGAUCAGGGAAUCCACAAUAAAAGAUGAUGAAAAAGAAUUAUUGGCUUUUACCUAAUUCAACUAUAAGAUUUUAAUCAUGCUUCAUUUAAACAAGUUAGGAUAAAUGUGUUCCUGAUUCUGGUAAUCUUAGGCUAGGAAGUUCUAUGGCCUCUUUAGUAAUCAGUUUCACAUUUUAUUGAUAUUUACUCUGCCAUGAUUAAACUUUUGAAACUUUUUAAAUGCAUCAGACUCUUCUGAAAACAGUUUCUGUUACUAAUAUGUAGCCUCUAAAAGUUCUCUAUCAUUGUAAUAGUGUAACAUUUUAAUUAUAAGUAUUAGCUUCAAAUUUAGAAUUCCUAUGCCAAGAUCAUAGUUAAUCAUUUUGUUUUUAAAAAUAUUUAAGAAAUUAAUAUCCUCUCAAUUUUCUUGAAAAACAGUAUAGAUGUGAGGUGUUUAUUACAACUCUUUUAUUAUGGUUCCUAGUCCCAAAUAAAGAGAUAGUAUUUUAAGAAAUGUGUUACUCUCUUUAUUUUUUUCAUUUUGUCUUUCAAGGGUAGGUUUUACUUGCAGUGUUGGUCAGAAAUCACUGACCCUUUUAUUUUUAGUAUAGCUAGAAUAUCUAACCCACUGUUAUCUGUAUUUCUUCCAGGUUGCCAGCUUUAUAACCUAAAACAAAAAUUGAUUCUUGUAAUAAUGAAAGUGACAUUUUCUGCAUAUGUAACCUAUUAGUACCAUCCUAGUCCUCUUUCAAUUUUUACCAUCAGUGGCGAAUUAAUUUAUAAUAUACUCAUUUAAAAUAUUUACUUCAUAAAAAUUUUUAAGUUGUACUUCCUAUUCCUUUUACCUGUCCUAUUCUUUAUAUUUCAGGUUGCUUUCGGUAUGAGUCAUCAUGUGAUUUCCAACCAAAUUGAAGUUAACUUUUCUAUAAUUUCUGCUUUUCUGAAAGCAUUUUUUUCUUUUAAACCUUAUAUAUUAUAUGAUUGCUGGAGUUGUUAAGUGCCAACUACUGAGAAAUAGUGUCAGAGACACAAUUUCUGACUGGGAUAAAUGCAACUACUUUGCAAUAGUUGAUGUAAAUCUUUGUAAGGGUCAUCAUGAACAGAUGGUUCUCUAUCCUGAGGGACUGAAGUCUGAGUUCUACAGAUACAAUAUUUUGCACAUUAACAGGAGUUUACUGCUAAGGUUGUUAAGACACAGAAUUUCAAAUGAUUUCCAAUUCUGUUUAACUUAUAUUAAUUUAUGUUCCUUUAUGUCCCAGUUCAUGAAACAAAUGAAUACUUAUAUGAAAUUAGGGUAAUUGACUCUCAGGAUGAGCCUAAUAAAAGAAAACAGGAAAAUGCAAGUGUUUUGGUUACUUUUCUCUCUGUUGAGACAAAAUACUGAUGCCCAAAAUUGGGAGGAAAAGUUUAUUUCUCAUAGUUCUUGGAGGUUUCAGUCCAUGCUCAGCUGGUUCCAAGGCAGGCUGGCUGGUGGGGGCAGCUGUUCAUGGCCAUCACAAACAGCAAGGUGUGAACUGGUAAGAGAGAAAGCCACACUUUCUUCCCACUGUUGCAUUAUAUCCUGGCUCCACCCCUGGGCUGGUGAAACACCAUCAAUCCAAGCACUAGACAAUGAACCAAUCACAAAUGUUAGAUUUGGUUGUGUCUAUGAUUACAUGAGGCUUGGCGCAAGGCCACAAGAAUACAAACCACAACAGCAAGUGAGGUUACUUAUUCACCUAUGAGACUAGAGCAAGGUAUAAUAGAUUUAAAUUCUUUCAAGAAUGCCACCUUUCAUUUUGACUGACUUGCUAAUUAUACAUCUUUGGAAAAUUACAUAAUUAAGAUUUUUCUCCAUUGUCUUUCUUAAUAGUCAGAUGUGUUUUAGAGACAGACAUAAUAAUGCCCUGGAUAGCAGAAACAGGAUUUGUUUACAUUUAUCUUAAUGCCUAAUACACAGCAGCUACUCAGUACUUUAAUGAAUAAGUGAGUGGAUACAUUGAUUGAUGAAUGAAAAUCUCUGUUAUUAGUGGACAAAUUGGAAAUACUAAUUUAUUUAGACCAUAUUGUUCUACCUUUCUAACUCUGAAGGUCAUUUCUACUAAGGUAGUUCUUACUAAGACCUUGAGGUCUCACCUCUAAUAUCUUAUGUGAUUGGUACUAUAAUUUUUUGUCUUUUUGACACAGGGUUUCAUUAUGCAGUUCAGGGUUACCUAGACUUCAUUUUGUAGACCAGGCUGGCUGCAAACUUACAGUAAUCCUCCUGCCUCAGCCUACUGAAUGUUGGGAUUACAAAUGUGAAUCAUCAUGCCUGGCUCUCCAUAAUUUUUUUGGUGUGAUACUGGGUAUUUUUUUUUAUUUAUUUAAGGAGAAAAGAAAAAAAAAGUGAAAGGGUACAAGUUAUACAGAUUUACAGAAGAAAACAAUGAACAGUAGGAAAUCACUAGUUAAUGGAUUACAUAUUGCCAUCUUAAAAAUAAUUGUUCAAGUCACAAAAUUAAAGCUUGUAGAGUGGACAUUCCAACAAUGAUACUGCAAACGGUUCUGUUCAAUGAUCCAAUAAAACUCUGUGAUAUCAUUUUCUAUCUUAUACACUUAAAUAUACAUGCAGUUAUAUAGUUUAGAGCACUUUCUUUUCCUCUCUUUUGUACAAUGACUAUUACACAUUUUGGGUUUCAUUGCUCCCAUGGUUCUUAUUGCUUUUUUGGAAGAGAGUAAAACCAAAUGAGACAUAACAGGACAGAAACGGUCAAGUCAAAAGGGUGGACAUAAUAGAUAAUAUAAAAACAUAAUACAAGGUGAUCAUCAAUGGUUACCAUGAUGCCUCCCGCUAUCUCUAAUAGAAUUGCCUAUAUCAUUCAUUAUAAUACAAUUGAACAAAAUAGUAAAGAACAAAACCGACAAAACCAACACAUUGGAGACAUUGUAGGUCUUCAAAAGUAGAUAAAAGUCAACGAGAAUGGGCGUUAUAAUGAAUCUCAUUAUCUUCUCAGCUGAUGCCUAAACUUUCGAACCUGAUACUAUCCAGCAAAACAGAAUAGGGGAACAUCAGUCAAAAACAAGAUGGUGAGAGUAAUACAGGGCUUCAAAUCAAGAUAAUAGUCAAAGUGGGUUACUAUAUUAUAUCCUGCUAUUUUUUUCCCUUUAAUUAAAUGGAUAAAAAUAAAAAAGUAAAUAAUGGAGUGGAGAUUGAGAAAAAAGAGGGCAUAACAGCAAAACAGCGCAGAUCAAAACAUAACCAUUUAAGCAGAAUAGUGUUUCACCACCAGAUAAUUCCGACCUAAAAGUAGUUACCAUAUUGACUCUGGGUAUUAAACCCAGGAUCUUGUGUAUGCCAAGUAUAUGCUUUACCACUUAACUAUAUCUCCAACUGGAUCAUCAUAAUUUUUGGAAAGGAAUUAACUUAUAUUUUAAAGAAAUACAUAACUCUGUUCUUAUGUUCACAUAGGCCUUGAUGGAAUUAACGUAGUAUGAUUUACAGUUCAAGUCAUAUAAUUAUUUUCAUUUUGGUUUAUUACUAAAUAAUAUAUGGAUACUGAGUGCUCUAUCAUAAAUGAAUAGGAAGAUACAGUUGUUAUUGUUUGUCCCUUGAAGCCUAAUAUCUUGUAGAAAGGAAAAUGUUUUUCAAAUAAAUAUUCUGUGAUGACUAAAAAAUUCUGAAGUUAUUGAGGGAUAUGACGUAUAGGAAAAUUUUCAUACUAGCAUGUAACUUGUUGGCCAUUUAUAAACAUUUGGAGAGAUGUCUAUUUGCCCAUUUUUUUAAACUUUCUAUUUGUUAUUCUUGUAGGUUAGUUGUAAGAAUUCUUUCUUUCUUGAUGUUUAAUCUUUUAUCAAAUAUAUGAUUUGUGGAUAUUUCUCCCAUUCCAGUUGUUAUUCCCUCUUUUUUUAUUCUGAAGACAAUAAAACCAAACAAAACAGUAUAAAGUCAAUCAAGACAAAACAGUGAAUAUGAUAUAGGACGUCAAAGCAAGAUAAUAGGAAAUCAAUAAUAGCUACUAUAAUGCCACUUGUUGUCUUCAAAAUAGCAGCCCAUACCAUCAGACAUAAUAAAAUCAAACAAAAAAAAAUAGAAUAAAAUCAAUCAAAACAAAAUAAUGAAGCAAUAUAGGGCUUUGAAAAAAGAUAAUAGGAAGUCAACAAUGACUACCAUAAUAUAUUUUGCUGUCUUUGAAAUAGCUGCCCAUACCAUCACAUAUAAUAAAACCAAGCAAAAAAAAAAAAAAAACAGAAUAAAACCAAACAAAACAUAACAAUGAAAAUAAUGUAGGGCUUCAAAACAAGAUAAUAGUAAAUUAACAAUGACUACUGCCUUUCCUUUUUAGAUGUUUCUUCCCCUUUCACUUUUAUAAUAUCUAUCGUGCAUUUUGUAUCCCACUAGCUCCUUCAGUUUUUUUAAACUAGGGAGUCAACACAAUGUUCACCCAGGUGAUUCUGAACCAUUUUACCCAUGAACAUGAUAUCAAGUUGCAUUCAUUUACCUACCAGAGCCUCAAGGUUAUCUUUCGUUACAGUUGAGUAGCUUUCCAUUGUAUAAAAAUGCCAUAUCUUGCUUAUCCAGUCUGUGGUUGAUGGGCAGGCAACUUUGCUUUUUUUCUGGUUCACUGUCACAUGGAACAUUAUUUUCUCUCCUUUGACUCUCAGUCCAUGAAUUUCCUUUUGUGUUGAAUGUGUUUCUUGUAUAAAGCAUAUUGGUAGAUCCUGUCUCCUGAUCAAUUUUUCCUGUAUUUCUUUUUAUUGGUGAAUUGAGUCCAUCUACAUUAAUGGUUAUAGCCAACAUGCACUGGUUCAACUUUACCUUGCUAUUUUCCUAUGGUUGGCUCCCUACUUUUCCUGUCCAUUCAAUUGCUUACUCUGCUUAGUAGUCCCCCUCCGCCCCUGUUCCUGGAACUGUGAUUAUUUUUUGUCUCUCUCUAAAUUUCCUUUAGUAUUCUUUUUUAUUUUAAAGAAAAUAGAACCAAACAGAACCAACCAGAACAAAGACAAUCAAAACAAACCAGUGUGAGUGACAAAGCACUUCAAAACAAUAGGAAAUCAGCAAUAGUUACUAUAAUGCCUCCUGCUGUCUUCUAAAUAGCUGCAGAUACAUUCAGACAUAUUAAAAAUCGAAACAGAACAGAAUAGAACCAGUAAAAAUAAAACAAUGAAUGCAAAAUAAGAUUAUAGUAAAUCUGGGACUGGGGAUUUAGCUCAGUGGCAUAAGCGCCUGCCUGGCAAACGUGAGGUCAUGAGUUCAAUCCCUGGUCCCCCCCCCCAAAAAAAGAUUAUAGUAAAUCCAAAAUGGCUGCCAUAAUAUAUCUUAUUAUCUUUGAAAUAGCUGCCAUUAGAUACAAUAAAAUCAAAUGAAACAAAACCCAACCCAACAAAAUAAUGAAAAUGAUAUAGGAUUUCAAAACAAGAUGAUAAGGGAAUCAACAAUGGCCACCAUCCUCAGGAGGUGUCUUAGUUACUUUUACUCAUUUUUGAGACAAAAUAUCUGAUGCCCAAAGUUAAGGGAAGGAAAGAUUUAUUUCUUAUACUUGUUGGAGGUUUCAGUCCAUUCUCAGUUCGCUCCAAGGCAAGGUGGUGUCACAGGGCAGCCAUUCAUGGCUGCUGCAAACAGCAAAAGUGAAAGCAAAAAAGAGCGAGUCACACUUCUUCUCACCAUUACUCUAUAUCAUUGCUCCACCUCUAGGUGGGUCGAACACUAAUAUUGCCAAUCCCAGCACUAGACAACAAACCAAUCACAAAUGCUUCAGCCACAUCCAUAUUACAUGAAGCCUGGAGCGGGGAUGAAAGGAAUAUAUAAUCUGUAUCAGAAAGAGAUACCCCAUAGAUGCUACACUAUAUAUUGCCAUCCUCUGAAUAGAUGAUCAGACCAUCAGCUUUAGAUCUGCAAAUCAGUGAAACACUUAAACACUACAAGCAUUAAGUUGUAUUCUAUCUCAGUAGCCAUCAUCACAACCUGUGUUUCUCCAGAUCAGCCAGUCCAUUAAGGUGAGGGGGGUUGGCUCUUUUUGGUUCCUAGUCCAUGCACUGUAAGGGGCUGGCAUCUGGCCCUCCCCCCAGUAGCCUGCACAUGGUGCUGAUUCUCAAGGAGGGCUUGCUUCUUGGUGACUUCUUGUUUUCCUCCCUCACAAUCCUCCUUCAGUAUUCUUUGUAGGAUUGGUUUGGUGGUCAUGCAUUCCUUCAGCUGAUGUUAUGGAAGUAUCUUGUUUCUCUAUUCUUUUUUUUUAAGAUAGUAAAAUCCAACAAAACAAGACAGAACAAAGCCAAUUAAAACCUCCUCCCAAGAGAUGCUCAGAAUGCUGGCCUCAGGCCUGCAUAAUCAAUGAAAAAAUACAAGUAUUUACUUGCUUUAUGUACCUUACUUGCUAUGAACUCAGCCUGUCCUCCUCUUCAUUAAUUUUGAAAGAUAGAUUUUCAGGUAUAUCAAUCUGGUUUGGAAGUGGUUUUCCUUCAUGACUUGAAAUAUUUUACUCCAACCUCUUCUUGACUUGAUGGCUUAUGUUGAGAAAUCUCUCAUGAUUCUGAUGGAUUUUCCUUUAUAGGUUAUCUAUUUGUUUUUCUAACAGAUUUUAAUAUUUUAUUCUUGUGCUGAAUUUCCAGGAUCUCUAUUAUUAUAUGUCUGUGUGUAGAUUUAUUUUGGUUAUGGCUAGCUGGAGUUCUAUAUGCCUCACUUAUCUGUAUCUCAGGUCCUUUUCCCAUGAUUGGGAAGUUUUCCGCUAUUCCUUCUACAAAGUCUUUUUAUUUCAUUUAUGUUGACCGUUGCUUUUUUGCUGACACCUAUCUCUUAAAUUACUUUUCUUUGCAUUGUCUUGAAGCUGUUGAAUUGUUAUUUUCUAGUUCCUUGUUUUAAGAGAUCUUUUCUUUUGCAGUCACUAGAUGAAAAUGUGUAUUCAAGGUCUAAAAGUUUAUUUUCAGGUUCUUUCAAGUGGUUUUGCCAGGUUUCAAUGGAGUUUUUAAUUUCCUGGAUAUCUCUUUGAAACUGUUGCAUGCACUGUGAAUCUUUCUUAUAUUGUUCAUUCAAGCUUUCCCUCAUUUUCCUAUGUUCUUCUAUUUUUUAAUCUAUAUCUUUUUUAGAUAUGCUCAGCAGUUCUUCUAUUAUGUUUUUCAUUUCUUCUUUUACCUGAGAUAGUAGUUCUGACCUAAUUUCUUUCAUAGCCUCAUGAAGUUGUUUCUUUACUUCAUUUGCCACCACUUCAGAAACUUCAGGUAGCCGACUUUCAAUCUCUUCCAUAUUUACAUCUCCUGGACUUGCUCUGCAUGAGUUACAGGGCAGAGAUUGCCUUGUGAUUGUUUGUCUUACUAUUUUCAUGGGUUCUUCAGAGAAGUAGGUUAUGGUGCCCCAGGCUGUUCCAAUGUUGGCUAUGAUUUUCUCUGAGGCAUGACUGCCUGGUUCUCCUAGCCAGUGCUAGCUAUGGGUACCCAGUGGUGACCAGUAGCUGUACUGGUGUGGGGGCUGGUUGUUCCUUUCCCCAGACUGAAGUGGCUACCUGCAGGAAACUCCCUGAUAGCAGCCAGUGUGUACAUGAAGGUGGGGUUGGCUUCUGCUUUUCUCAGAGCCAGCUGCUGCUUCUCCCAACUGGAGCUGAUUACUGGUAGGAAGCAUCCCUGAUGGCGGCUGUUGUGCAUGUGGAGGCAGUGCUGGUUCUGCCCUUUCUUAAUCCAAUAAUUACUUUUAUAAAAUUAAUUUUAUUGGUACAUUUUAGAUAUAUAUAAUGAUAAUAUUUAUCAUAGGGAAUUUGUACCUGUACAUAAUAUAUCUUGAUUCUUGCUUUUUCCCCAAUCCCUUCUGUUGUAGUCAGGGGUUUUGAGAAGAACAAUCAGAAUCAGGACACGGAAUUUAUAUUAUUUUAUGAUGGCCACCCAGAGUUUAACACAAGAAAGAGCAGGAAAUCUAUCCACAACACUAAAAGACAUAGAAUAUUCAUCUCACAGCAAUGUCCAGAUGAAGACCUAGAGCCCAUGACAAUGCCUCCCACAAAUCCAGCUGGAGGUCUAGAGACCAUGAAAAGGACUCCCACCAGUCUCUUUUAUGGAUCUGUGUUUGGGAGGCCCAAAGGUGAGCAGUGGAAGCUAGGAAGUCUAUACCAGUGGGGCGAAGGAGCUGUGCUGAUAGGUUAAAGAUUCUAUGCUGGAGCUGAGAAGUCAUGCUCAAAACAAAGACCAGGGCUGUCCUGAAAAACACUAAGCCAUGCUCCAUGACACAGAUGCCCUGAGCUCCUCCAAUGAUAAGAACAGUAGACUACAGGCCAGAAAGCCAGCAUGACAAGUUUGUCCUGGAGAUUAAGUGUCACAUAUCUUCCCUUCCGGAGCCAGGAAGCAAUGCUUGAUGUAAGAACCAGAGCUCCCCCAAAGUGAACCACAGUCACUGUCACCAACCAGGUCCCGAGCUCCUCUGAUGACAAUGGUCAAACUCACACUGGGGAAGCUAGUCAUGACGAACUCCUCCAGGGGAAUCAACAGCUCAAAAAGCAACACUUAGAGAAACAAUGUAUAGCUCUUCUUCAGCACAUCUCUAUUUGUGCUGGCAGCUUACCUCAGGUGGAACAUCUAUGCUUAGCACCAUGGUGAUUUAAUUCAACUGGCAUUAAGUUGACCAUCAAUUGUUAAUCCAUAACACUUUCCCUCCCAUUUCCCCUCUUCCCACUCCCGCUCUUCCCCUUCUUAUUAUUCUCUUUUCAUCUUUCUUUCCCCUUCCUUCCUUUCUUCCUCCUCUUCUUUGUUCCCCUUCUCAUGUGAACAUUUUCAUCCUAUUUUCCAAUAUCUAGCGUACAUUUUGGUCCUUGUCUACACUUUUAGUUUCUCAUACCAUAGGAACAAUAUGCUAUUUGAAUAUGUGUGCUUAAUUUAUUUCACUUAAGAAUAUAGUCAUAAAGGCUGGACUGCUGUGCAUGCUUGUAAUCCCAGCACUUGGGAGGUUGAGGCAGGGGGAUCAUUGUGAGUUUGAGACCAGCCUGGGCUACAAAGUGAGUUCAAGGCCACCCUGAACUCAUAAUACUUUGUCUCAAAAGGACCAAAAAAAAUGGUUGCAAAGUACCUCCAUUUUCUUAUAAAUUUAUGGCAGAAUAUUACCACAGUGUAUUAAAAAACCCCACAUCUUCUUUGUCCAUUCAUCUGUUGAUGGGCAUUUGUGCUGUUUCCAAGUUAGUGUUAGAGAUCACAUAAUGAGGAUAAAGGUCUAAUUGAUAUUCUCUGUAAGCAUGUAGGAGAAAAAUGACAAGCUGUGCUCUACUGGCAACAUGUAGGCAUGCUAGUACAUUUUAAAUUCUGGAGAAGAGUCAACAUAAUUGAGAUCUGGUUGUUUACUUGGGCAUACACUAUAGAUAACAGGAGACCAAAGAAUCUUGUAUUAUUUCUAAUUGCUUGGUUCUGUGUCUUAGUAAAUAAAAAUGUCUACCAGAGGCAAGAGUUGUCUGGCCCCCUUUUUCAGAAUUAUUUAUGUGUCUUGCUUUCAUUCUUGUUCACCCCUUGAUUGAUAAUAAACUCCUAGGAUGUUUCCUACAAUUUAGCCAUUACAAAGUGUGCUGCUGUAAACAUGGGUGUGCAUAUGUCCCUGUGGUAUCUUGGUUUUAAUUCUUUCUGAAAGAUAAUAAGAAGAGGAAUAGCUAGGUCAAAUGGAAUCUCUAGUUGUUUUUUGAGGAAUCUCUACACUGAUUUCCACAAUGGUGUCACCAGUUUGUAUUCCCACCAAUAGUGGAGAAGAGUUCUUUCCCCCCAUAAUUUCUCUUUUGGUGAGUUGUUAUGUGUGUACAGGAAUGCUGUUGUUUUUUGAGUGUUGAAUUUGUAUCCUGCUACAUUACUGAAUUUUGUUAUUAAAUCUGGGAGUCUUUUGUUGAGGUUUUUGAGAUCUAUGCAGAGUAUCAUGUCAUCCGCAAAUAGUGAUACUUCAAUUUCUUCCUUUACUAUCCUUAUUCCUUUUAUUUCUUUCUCUUGUCUAAUUGCUCUGGCUAUUGUUUCCAGAGCUAAAUUGGAUGGGAGAGGUAAUAGUGGGCAUCUUUGUCUUGUUCCUGAUUUUAGAGUGAAAAUUUUCAGUUUUUGACCAUUUAGUAUGACGUUGGCUCUUGCUUUGCCAUAGACGGGUUUUAUCAGACUGAGAUAAAGAGCAUCUAUUACAAUUUUCUGUGGUUUUUAAAAAAAUCUUGAAUGGGUGUUGGCCUUUAGUUAAACAUUUUUUCUACAUCUAUUGAACAUGUAGUUUUUGUUCUUGGUUAUAUUAAUGUGGUUUCUUAAUAUGUAUUUAUUUGCAUAUGUUGAACCAUUCCUGCAUCACUUGGAUGGACCUUGCUUGGUCAUAGUGUACAGUCUUAAUGAUUUGCUGCAUUCUGGUUGGCAGUAUCUUAGUGAGAAUUUUUGUAUCUUAUGAUCAUUAGGGAGAUUGACCUGUGAUAAUUUCCUUUUUUCAUUAGACCCUUCUCUGGUUUUGGUUUCAGGGUAAUGAUAUUUUUAGAGAUGAAUUUGGGAGUAUCACUUCCCUUUCAAUUUCAUUAAAGAGUUAGAAUAGUAGUACCAUUAGGUCGUCCCUAAAUUUCUUGUAGAAUUUAGCAGUGAAUUUUUCAGUACCUCUACUUUUCUGUGUUGGUAGGUUUUUAAUUCAGUUUUCAAUUUCACUGAUUUCUAUUGGGUUACUGAAUUUUUAUAUAUUUUUGAUUCAGCUAUGGUAUUCACAUGUAUCUCAAAAGCUGUCCAUUUCUUCUGUUUUUCAUCUUAUUACAAUACAGAUACUGAAAGUAGAUGUUUAUGUUCUUCUAGAUUUUUGCAGGAUCUGUUAUAGUUUCACCUUUUUUCAUUCCUAAUUACAUGGAUUUAAGACUUUUCUGUCAUUUCUGAUAAAGUUAGAUAACAGCUUGUCAAUUAAAGAUCCAACUUUUUUUUUUUUUGAACCAGGGAUUGAACUCACAACUGUGUGCUUGCAAGGCAGGAGCUAAAUCCUAGCCCCAAAGAUCCAACUUUUUGAUUCAUUGAUUCUUUGUAUUUUUCUGAGUUUCAAUCACAUUCAUUUCUGCUCUGAUCUUUGUGAUUUCCUCCAUCAUAUUAGCUUUGGGCUAGACUUGCUAUUGUUUUUCAACAAGUCUGAGUUUCAACAUUAGGUUAUUUAUUUAAAUUUGGUGUUAUUUUUCUGAUGUAUGAAUUCACUGCUGUAAGUUUCUCUUGUAGGAUUGUUUUGAUUGCAUCCCUUAAGUUCUAGUAUGUUGUACUGGUAUAAUCAUUUAAUUGUAGAAACUAACAUCUUCUUUAAUCUGUGACUCACUGGUAAUUCAGGAGGUUUUUAUAUAAUUUCCAUGUGUUUAUGUAGUUUUUGUGAUUUCUUUUGCCAUUGAUUUCCAAUUUCAAUACACUAUGAUCUGAUAAUAUGCAUAGGACUUUCAGUUCCUUUGUAUUUAUUUAAGCAUGUUCUCUGAGUAGUAUAUUGUCUAUUUUGGAGAAUAUCCCAUGUGCAGCUGAGAAGAAUAUAUAUUGUUGUGUGGUAGAACCCUCUGUAGAUGUCUACUAAGUAUUUGUUCAGAGGGUUGGUUCAGUUCUGUUAUGGAUUGUGUCAAGGUGGCCUCCCAAGCCUUAUGCAGUCAUGGAGGUGGCUAAAUCUAGUGUUUUGUGAUUGGUUCAUUGUCCAGCACUGGGAUUGGUGGUAUGAGAGAAGAAGACGUGUUUUCUCUCUCUUUUGCCCUUUUGCUUUUGUCAUUUGUGGCAGCCAUGAAUGGUUGCUCCUUAGUCACUCCACCCUGUCUUGGAGCCAGCUAAGUAUGGAUUGAAACCUUCAAAAAACUAUAAGCUAAAUAAACCUUCCCUUCCCUAAUUUUGGGCAUCAGGUAUUUUGUCUCAGCAGUGAGAGAAAAGUAACCAAGACAAGUUCUGUACUUUCUUUCUUUUUCUUUUGUCUAGUUAAUCUAUUUGUGACACUGGAAUAACGAGAAUGUCUCAUUACAAUUGGAUUAUUGUUUAUUUGACUUUCUAUGUCUGUUAGUAUUUGUUUUAUAUCAUUGGGUGCACUGGCUGGUAUUUGUGCAUAUGAAUUUAUGAUUGUUCUCUCUUCCUCUUGGAUUGUUCUCUUAAGUAGUAAGUAGUGACCUUCUUUUUCUUUUCUGUUCAGUCUUGGCUCAAAAUCCACUAUAUGUGCAAAUAGAAUAGCUACCUCUGCUAUUUUUUAGGUUCUUAUUAUAUAAAGUAUUGUUUUGUAUCCUUUGACUUUCAGGCUAUGAAUUUUUUUUGAGUUAAACAUGUUUUUUGUAUGCAACAUAUUGUCAGAUCUUGUUUCUUCAUCCGUUGUGCAACACUGUUUAUUGUUGUUGGUAAAUUGAAACUAUAUACAUUGAUGAUAAUAAUUGAUAUUUAUUGAGUCAUUCUUAUCAUAUAAUUUUUCUGUUUUUUCCUUUUCUUUUCUCUGUUUAAUUGCCUGCUUUGCCUGAAGGAUUCAUUCUAUUGGGGUUUCUAUAAUUAUAGUCUUUCUUAUAUCUUUCCAGAAUAUCUUUCAGAACAUUUUGGAGUGCUGGUUUGGUAGUAAUGAAUUUCUUCAAAUAUUUUUUGUCUUGGAAGUAUCUUAUUCUCUGUGAAUUUUAAACAUAGUUUUGUGGAUGAAUCAAUCUAGUUGGAGAGUUUUGGGAAGGGCUUGAAAUACUUUAUACUAACCUCUUUGACUUAAGGGUUUGUGUUGAGAAAUCUGCUGUGAUUUUAAUGGACUGUCUUUUAUAGAUGAUUUGUUUCUUUUCUCUAACAGCUUAUUUUGAACAGAGUAUUCUAUUCUUUGUUGAAUUUCUGGAAGCUUCACUACUCUAUGCCUGGAUGCAUAUUUUUUUUGCUCAUGGCUAUUUGGAGUUUUGUAUGCCUCAAUUAUGUACAUCAAAUUCUUUUUUCAUGCUUGGGAAAUUUUUUGUCAUUACUUUCUAUGACCAGCUUUUUUAUGUCUUUUACACUAUCUUUAGCUUUUUCAUGUAUUGUCUACCAGCUGUUGGAUUGAUUUUUUGUGGUCUCUUGCUAUUUUUAAGAAAUCUUUUUUGAUGUUUGCUAACUGCAUACCUGUUUUCUAAAGCUCAUAUUCUGUCCUCACAUUGAUUGAUUCUGUUCUUUAUUUUUUCUAUAGCAUUUUUAAUCUUUUGGCUAUCUGUUUGAAUCUACUUCAUGGAUAUCAUUUUUCCCUAUGUUGUAUUUUCAUGGUUUACAUCUUCCCAAGAUCCUCCAUUGUUUUGUCUGUAUCAAAUCAAGAUUCACUAACUGUGUUCUUCAUUAUGGUUUCAUCUCUUUUAUCUAAGAAAUUAUUUCUGAUUUAAUUUUUUUCUAGAGUCUCAUUUAUUUGCUUUGUUACUUUCUCUUUUACCAUUUCAAAGAGUUCAGAUGGGUGGGUUUUGAAUUGUUCCACCUCACCAAUCUCUACGUUUGUCUUGGGUAAGCUAGAAGUCUGGGGUUGCAUGUUCUUUCUGUGUCUUUCUUUCUUUCUUUCUUUCUUUCUUUCUUUCUUUCUUUCUUUCUUUCUUUCUUGUAUCUUUCUAGUUUAACUUCUGCAUUGACUUGUUAAUGUCUUUUGGUAGGUAGUUUUAUUGCUAUUAUUGAGAACUUCUUAGGAAGUGACUAAUUUUCAAAGAUAUCUUUUAGGUGUAACUGACUUUUGACUUUUGAAUCUGUUGCAAGAACCUAUCUUUUCAACUUAUUGGUGCCUAUUUCACCUAUCUCCUAGUUCUUUGGAACUGGCUUGCAGUAUUGCUUCGGACUCUCAAGCAAUCUGGUUUUGUGAGGUACAAAGGCAUACAAGAAAGUACAACUGCUUAGAACAACUAUGUCACCUUGGAUAAAGUAGAAUAAUCAAUAAUUACAAUAGCAUUAAGCACAGACUAGAAUACCUAUACAAACUGUGGUAACUAUUAAUUUGCCAUCUUUAACCAUAUGAACAAUAUUUGUAGCUACAUAACAAAAUCUAAAACAGACCAGAGAAUGUAUUUAGCAAAUAUCCCCUCAAUAGAGUUUAACCUCAGAGGUGAAAAUUUGAAAGAGAUGAGAGGAAAAAUAGAGAAGAAGAAAAGUAGUUUAGAAGCAAGAUUGGAGAACAAAGGAAGAUUGCACAAGCUUUGGGAAACUGGUGAAGAAGACAGAAGAAAACAAUGUAAACAAGAACAGAAAACAACAGCAAAAUAACUAGAAACAGUGUUCACAUAAAAAGAAGAACAAUCAAGAAAAAGAAAAAAAAACAAGAAAGGAAGAAAAAUAGUGUGUACUUCAGAGAUGUCAGAGUUGUAUCUCUGCUGUCACUGAAAGACAAAUGGGGCAUACAGGGCCCAGAUCCAUGUUGGUUGAUCUCAUCAGUCCUAUAGUAGAACGUAUUGCUGCCUGGUGGAUAAAUCCCUGCAGGCCUGUGCUUUCAAGUCCACUGAAUUUCAAGUUGGUUAUAGUUUUUGACUGUGAGGUUUGUGACUUGAGUUAUUCAGCUCACAGCUCUCUGGGUGCCUCUUGAUGGUUUGAGCUUGGGUCCCUGAUUAUGGGUGUCUCCUAUGAUGGCAUCAUACCCUGACACUGUGAGCUCCAAAGUAGAGCUGACUGGUGGCUGCUCUGAGUUCUGGGUUUAGCUGGCCCUAUUCCAAAAUGGCAAUCAGUUACUUGCUCUCUGCUGGUAAUAUCUGAACUGUAAUCACUCACCAGCCAUUGCAGCCCAUGACAUUCACCACUCUGUUCCACUGGUAUGUUUCUCUAUGAAGACCUCUGGAGUAAACUGUAAUCACUGUGCCUUGGUAGGUUCAAGCUACCCCUUGACACCUCAAGCUGGGAUUUAGGGAUGUGUUUGCCACCUCCCUCUUCGGCAUUGAGGUCCCUCUCCUAUCUUUGCUGGGUCCCAGAGACCCAUUACCUUCUUUCUUCUCUUCACUGCAUUGCUGUAUUCCAGCAUAUGAACUCCAAAUCCCAGAGGCUAAUUUGCUAUUGCUCACUACUUCCCCAUCUUCCUGGAAGCAUUUCAACAAUUACAUUUUGAUUGUAUACUUUGAGGCUCAGAAGUUUUUAAUUUUGUUACUAUCCUAUUUGUCUAUUUUAGUUUUAUUUCUUUUAGUAUUUUAUGUAGGAAAUCCUUGCCAAAUCCAAUAUUAUGAACCUCUCCUUACAUAGUUUUUUCUAAGAAUUUUACAAUUUUGAAUUUUAUGUGUAUUUUUUGUUUGGACUAUAAUCAUUAUGCUCAGUCCAUUUAGGUAAAUACUGAUUUCAGUGGCUGAAGUUUAUGGUAAUAUGAUGUUUAUUUUGUUUAAUUUUUAUAAUUACUAUGUGCUUGGAAAAUUAUAACAUCUUGUUCAAGUUGUGCCUAAAAUCAGGUUAGGUAUAUAUUAGAUGAGAACUUUGAGACACUGGUUAGAUACUUUUAAGGGUUUGAUCAUUUGCAAAUAAGAGUGCAAUUUAAAGUCUCAAGGAAAAUAGUAUUAUCUAGCUGUCCUAAUUUUUGAUGAAUUAUUUACAAUAAACUGUAUACAAACAUAAAUGUUUGUGGGUCAUUAGAAAAUCUAGAUGUGUGCCAGUUGUAAGUGCUACUAAGAGUUAUAGAUGUUUACAAAUUUGGAUGAUCAUGGAGUCCUCAGUGCCAGCACCCAAAGGUGAACAUCAGAACAAAUCAGAGUUUAGCCUGUUUUUCCUUUGAGGUUUAUUAGAGAUUUUAUAUAAGAGAUUACUAUGAAUCAUAGGAUUCUGAAAUUGUCUUUCUUGACAGAAGGCAUUUUUUAAAAUGUGGAGCUUGUGCAAAUCUCCCAAAUAAUUUAAAUGCAUAAAACACAUGCAACAGAUGGCAAAAGGAUUUGAAGGAAAUGUGUGUGACUUUUUAACUACUUAGUUUUACAUAAUAAUGUGUUUGUGCAGUUAAGGUAGUGCCCUUUUGUGAUAAGUGCUACACAUUUGAGGAGUAGAAUUUGCUUUCUAGAGUUGCUAAAAUCUGGCAAUCUUUAGAUUAGAAAGUAUUUUUUAAUGCUUCAUUUAAAAUUUUACUAUUGUAAUAUCAAAUAGCAAGCUCUUGUCAUCUGGAAUUUCUUUUUGCUAAUAUUACCCCAUUACUAAAAUCUCAUCAGAGAAAUAACAGAUAACUGGUGUUGCAUUCUACUGUAUUGAAUUUUCUCCUCUUAAACCUCAAAAGCAAAGCAUUUAAAAAACUUCCUUUGUUUAAAAAUACCUUUCAUUUUUUGUUUGUUUUUCUCCUUUUUAUUUUUAUUUUAAAGAGAUUAAGACAAAAGAGGACAUAACAAAGCAGAUCAGAUCAGAACAAUGCAAGUAACACAGCAUUUUACCACAAGGCAACCUAUAAUUAACAGUAAUUACCAUAGUGUGUCUUUCUUUGAAAUAGUUGAGCAUAGCUUCAUAUACGAUAGUAUCAAGCAUAACAAAAUAGUAUAAAACCAUUCAAGAGAAUAAAAGCAUUACAGGGCUUUCAGAACCAAAUAGCAGAGGAUGAACAAUGGCUACUAUAUUAUCUCAUUUUCCAUAGAAAAUUUGUUUAUACUAUCACACAUAAUAAUAUACAAUAAGAUAUAACAGGAUAGAACCAAAGGCAAGAGAAAAACACAAGCAUAGUAGGACUUCAGAGUAAGAUGAUACUAAAUCAGCUCUGGCUAUUUUAAUGUCUUCUUUAAAAUAGCUGUUUAUACUAUCACACAUAAUAAAAUCAAACAAACGAGGAGAAAACCAUUCCAACUAAUAAAGGCACACAUUAUAAGGCUUCAGAGCAAUGUAAUGGGGAAUCAUGAUUACUAUAAACUCUUAUGUACUCUUACUAUUUCUUACACUAAGGAGACUAUACGGUAUUUAUACAUGUGAGUUUGUUUUAUUUCACUUAUGAGUAUGGUCUCAAGUUGUGUCCAUUUAUUUAUAAAUGUAUCAAUGUGAUCAUUCUUUAUAGCUGAGUAGUACUCCAUUGUAUAAAAAUACCACAGCUUUUCUAUCCAUUCCUCAGUUGAUGGACACUUAGGUUAUUUCUAAGAUCUGGCUAUUACAAAUUGUGCUGCUAUAAACAUAGGUGCACAUAGAUCACUGUGGUAUUUUCAGUUCUUCUGGGAAUAUGCCUAGAAUUGGAAUAGCUGGAACAAAUAGGACUUCCAAUCCCAGCUUUUUGAGAAAUCUCCAGACUGACCUCCACAAUGGCUGCACUAGUCUACAUUGCCACCAACAGUGGAGGAGAGUUUGCUUUCCUCACAGCCUCUCCAGCAUUUGUUGUUGGUAAUUUUCUUGAUCCUGGCCGUUCUUUCUGGAGUGAGACGCAAUUUCAGUGUGGUUUUAAUUUACAUUUUUCUAAUGAGUAAUGAUGCUGAACAUUGUUUCAUGUAUUUAUUUUCCAUUUGUAUUUCUUCAUCUGAGAAUUGCGUAUUCAUCUGAGAUGCCCAUUUUUGGAUUGGAUCUUUGAAUAUCGGGGGUCUGAUUUUUUAAAAUUCUUUAUAUGUUUUAGACAGAAGUCCUUUGUCUGAGGGACAGUUCACUAAGAUUUUUUCCCAGUUUGUGGGUUUUCUUUUCACUAUGCUGGAGAUUUCUCUUGACAUGCAAAAACUUUUUAAUAAGAUGUGAUCCCAGCUAUCAAUUCUGGGAAGUAUUUCCCAUGUGGUUUGAUUCCUGUUCAUGAAUUCUCUUCCUACCCCUGUGUCUUCAAGAUUUUUACCUAAUUUAUCUUCCAACAGAUUUAAUGUUUCUGUUCUAAUAUUCAGAUCUUUAAUCAAUUUAGAUUUUAGUUUAGUAUAUGGUGAUAGGCAUGGGUCUAGUUUUAGUUUUUGGUAUAUGGAGAGCCAGUUUUUCCAGCACCCUUUAUUAAAGAGACUGUUGUUCUUCCAGCGAACAUAUUUGGCCCCUUUAUCAAAGAUAAGGUGGUUGAAUGUGUUGUUAGUUGUGGUUUUAUCUUCUAAUGUAUUCCAUUGAUCUUUGAUUCUCUUUUUAUUCCAGUACCAUGUUGAUUUUAUUAUACUUGCUUUGUAGUAUAACUUCAAGUCAGGGAUUGUGAUGCCUCCUGCCUUGCCUUUGCUGCUUAGAAUUGCCUUUGUUAUUCUAGGUCUCUUCUGGUUCCAGAUGAGUUUUAGGAUUGAUUUCUCUAGAUCUAUGAGGUAUGUUGAUAGUAUUUUCAUUGGGAUUGCAUUCAAUCUGUAUAAUAGUUUUGGGAGAAUGGCCAUUUUUAUGAUAUUUAUUCUUCCUAUCCAUGAGCAAGGAAUGUCUUUCCAUUUUCUGAGAUCCUCUUCAAUUUGUUUUUUCAGUGUACUAUAAUUUUUCCUGUAUAGGUCUUUCACUGCUUUUGUGAGAGUAAUUCCUAAAUAUUUCAUUUUUUUGGAUGUUAGUGUGAAGGAUGUGGCUUCUUUUAUUUCUCAGUGAUUUUGCUUUUAGUAUAUAGAAAUGCCAUUGAUUUUUGAGUAUUGAUUUUGUAUCCAGCUACAUUGCUGAAUUUAUUUAUUAUAUCUAGGGGUCUUUCAAUGGAGUUUUGGGGGUUCUUCCAAGUAGAGUAUCAUGUCAUCCACAAACAAUGAUAGUUUAACUUCCUCUUUUCCUAUUGUUACCCCUUUUAUUUUUCUCUCUUGUUUUAUUGCUCUGGCUAGUAUUUCCAGUACUGUGUUAAAUAGGAGUAGUGAUAAGGGACAUCCUUGUCUUGUACAUGAUUUUAAGUUAAAGGACUUCAGUUUUUGGCCAUUUAGUAUAAUGCUGGCUAUAGGUUUAUCAUAGAUGGCCUUUAUCAUAUUGAGGUAAAGACCAUCCAUUCCAAUUUUCUGUAAAGUUCUUAGCAUGAAUGAGUGUUAGACCUUAUCAAAAGCUUUUUCUGCAUCUAUAAAGAUGAUCAUGUGAUUCUUACUUUUGGCCUUAUUGAUACGGUGGAUUAUAUUUAUUGAUUCCCAUAUGUUGAACCAUCCCUGCUUGCCUGGGAUGAAUCCCACUUUGUUGUGGUGUUUAAUAUUCUUGAUGAUUUGCUGCAUCCUGUUUGCCAAUAUUUUAUUGAGGAUUUUUGCAUCUGUGUUCAAAAAUUGGCCUGUAGUUCUCUUUUUUAGUUGGGUCUUUCUGAGGUUUUUGUCCUAGACUAAUAUUUGCUUCCAGGAAUGACCUAGGAAGAAUUGCUUCCCUUUCAAUUUCAUUGAAGAAUUUGAGGAGUGUCGGCAUUAAGUCUUCUUUGUAUUUCUUGUAGAAUUCCGCAGUGAAUGCGUCUGGCCUGGGCUUUACUUUGUAGGUAGAGACUUAUUUACAUUUUCAAUUUCAUUAAUAGAAUUUGGGUUAUUCGGCAGUUUUACAUCUUCUUGACCCAGCUUUGGUAGUUCGUAUGUUUCUAGGAAUCUGUCCAUUUCUUCUGUGUUAUCGACGCUAUGACAGUAGAGGUUUUCAAAAUAGGUCUUGGUGAUCUUUUGUAUUUCUACACAGUCUAUAGUGAUUUCACCUUUUUCAUUCAUUAUUGCAUGAAUUUGAGUUUUUUUCCCUUUUUAAAAUAAGGUUGUUUAGGGGCCUAUCAAUUUUAUUUAUUCUUUCAAAGAACCAAUUCUGUGAUCCUUUGAUUUUUUUGGAUUGUUUUCUUAAUCUCUGUUGUAUUAAUUUCUGCUCUGAUUUUUAUCUUCUCUGAUUUCCUCCUUUCUUUUGGCUUUAGGCCUGACUUGCCCUUCUUUUUCUAGAUGUUUGAGGUUUAGCAACAGGUUGUUUAUUUAUAUUCAUUCUGUUUUCCUAAUGUGGGAAGUCAGUGCAAUAAAUUUUCCUCUGAGGAUAGCUUUUAUUGUAUCCCACAGAUUCUGGUAAGUUGUAUUUGUAUUUUUGUGUGCUUAUAGGUAUUGUUUAAUUUCUUCUUUAAUUUCCUCUGUGACUCACUGAUUGCUCAAGAGUGUAUCAUUCAAAAUCCAUGUGUUUGUGGGGUUUUUGCAGUUUCUUUUAUCAUUAAUAUCUAGUUUGAUGGCACUAUGAUCCUAAAACAUGCAUGGGAUGAUUUCAACUCUUUUGCAUUUAUUUAAAUAUGUUCUGUGGGCUAGUAUAUGGUCUGUUUUAGAGAAUGUCCCAUGUGCUCCUGAGAAGAAUGUAUAUUCUGAUGUUGCUGGAUAAAACUCUGUAUACGUCUACCAAGUUCCUUUGUUCACAGGUGUGAUUCAGUUCUUUUACUUCUUUGAUGAUUUUCUAUCUGAUUGAUCUGCCCCUUGGUGUCAAUAGUGUGUUAAGGUCUCCUGUUUAUUUGUGUUAUUGCUAAUUUGAUUUUUCAUUUCUAUUAAUACUUGCUUUGUAUAGCUGGGUGCUCUGGAAUUUGAUGCAUAUAUAUUUAAGAUAGUUACCUCUUCCUCUUUAAGUUUUCCCCUAACAAGUAUGGAGUAACCUUCUUUAUCUCCUAGGAUCAUUCUUGGUUUGAAGUUCACAUUAUCUGCAAACAGAAUAGCUACCCCAUUUUUUAUUUUUUUUAUUUUUUUAUUUUUUGGUUCUUGUUGCAUGAGGUAUUAUUUUCCAUCCUUUGACUUUCAGUCUGUGAAUUUCCUUUUGGGUUAGAUGGGUUUCUUGCAGACAGCAUGUGGUUGGAUGUUGUUUCUUGAUCCAUUCUGCCAGUCUGUUUCAUUGAAUUGGUGAAUUGAGACCAUUUACAUUAAUGGUUAUAACUGUUAUAUAUUGGUUUAUUGUUGACAUGUUAUCUUUAUGCUGUUACACCUUUAUCUUUCCAUUCUGUUUAGUUGUCUACCUUGCUUAGCGGUUUUUUCCUAUGUGUAUCUAGACUGUCUUUCAGUAUUCUUUGCAGGGUUGGCUUGGUGUUCAUGAAAUUCUUCAGCUGUUCUUUGUCAUGGAAGUAUCUUAUUUCUCCAUCCAUUUUGAAGGACAGUUUUGCAGGGUGUGUCAGUUUAUGUUGGAAAACAUUUUCCUUUAGGAAAAUGCUCUUCAUUGUUUGUGUUGAGAAGUCUGCUGUCAUUCUGAUAGGCUUUCCUUUAUAGAUGUUCUGUCUUUUCUCUCUGACAGCUUUUAGUAUUCUAUUCUUAUGUUGGAUUUCUGGGAUGGUGAUUAUUAUAUGCCUGGGUGUAGUUUUAUUUUGGUUAUGGCUAUUUGGAAUUCUAUAUGCUUCACUAAUACUAAUGUCAGUUUUCAUUCUCACGUUUGGGAAAUUUUCAGCUAUGACUUCUGUGAAUAGCCUUUUGAUAACAUUUGUGUUGUUCCCUUCUUUUUCAUUUAUCCCUAUUAAUCUUAUGUUGUUUUUCUUUGCAUCAUCUUGCAGCUGUUGAAUUGUUAUUUCCUGAUUCCUUGUUUGUUUGUUUUUGAGACAGGGUCUUACUAUGUAGUUCAGGCUAGCUUUGAACUCAAUAUGUAGUCCAGCCUGGUCUUAAACUCACAGUCAUUUUCCUUCUUCAGCCUCAUGAGUGCUGAGAUUACAGGUGCACCACCAUGACCAGCUACUUACCUUUGUUUGUAAGCAGAAAUAUUAUAUUUUUCAGUAUUGUGUCUGAGAACCUUAAACCAAUUCUCAUUCAUUGUUUAUAACCUUUAUGUCAAAAUAAUCACAUCAUAUAAUUGACUUUUUGGUUUUUUAUAUAAGUAAAAAUGGAUUUGUGUUAAUUUAACUGUCAUAUAGUAUGUUAAAGCACUGUGAAAUUUAGUGCCUUUAAUCAGUGUCUAUUCCAGUUGUCACAAGAUGAGCUCAUCCUCAAUGAAAAAUUUAGUGAGUCUUGUGCAAAACUGUACUUGGAAAACUUAAAAUGCUGCCAAAAAGAGCUGUCAAAGGUAAGACUUCUCUUGUUCUUGCAUAAACACUCAACAUUAUAAAAAUAAUAGCUCAUCGUUCAUUAAGGUAUGAAUUUAAUGCAAUGAACAAAAGUACCAACAAUCCACUUUAUAGAAGAAGUAAAUAAUUUGUUUCUGAUGUAUAUGCAGAAAAGCAAAUACAUAGUAUCAGGAAAAAACUGAAAAAAUAGAAAAAUAUAAGUGACAACCAGUCCUAUCAAGCAUUAAAAUACACUACAAUAAGACAUGGCUUCUUAUGAUUAAAAUAUUGUCAUAUGCAAACUUGAAUAGAUCAAUAGACUAAUGGGCUCAGAUAAAAUGUCCAUAAAUAAGUUUAAAUACAUAUACAUAUUUAAUAUAUGUUAAAUAUAGUGUUUCAAAUGAUUGGGGUAAAAAUAGUUAUUAAAUGGUUAUGGGAAAACUGGGUGCUUAUUCAGAAAAAAUUAUAUUAUAUCUUAUACCCUAAAAUAAUGGAUUAAGGAUCUAAAUGCAAAGACAUGAAACUACAGAAACAUGACAAAAAAUAAGUGCACUCUUUUUUUUUAAAUUUUGGUAUAGGAAAAUGCUUUGUAAUUAUUACUCAAAGUGAAGUGGCAGUAGUGAAAAGAUUGAUUUGACUACUUAAUACAUCAAACGUUUUUAUGGUCAAAGCACCCAGAGUCAAAAAAUAGCUGAUAAAAUGCAAGAAAAUAUUCACAUCAAAUGCUGCAAGCCAAAGGCUAGUAUCUCUAAUGCAUAAAGAACUUUAAAAGUUUAUAGACAGGAUUGAUAUGCAGCUCAUUGUGAGAGCAUACCUGGAAUGUGUAAAGCUCUGGUUUCAGUCCCCAAAACUGGAAAAACACGGAGAGGCAAAAGAUCAAAAAGUUUAUAAUGGUAUACAUUGUUCAACAAAAAGGAAUAUAAAUGGCUGUCAAAUGGGAAAAAUGCUCAGACUCACUAAUGACUAGAGAAGUAUAAAUUCAAACAUUUACCUGGCAUAUAUUUUCACUAUUUAGAAUGACAAAAAUUAAUAUAAAAAUAUGACAAAUUUUGUUGAUGAGUAUGAAGAGAAAUAGUCACUCUCUUGCUGAUAGGAAUUCAACCCAAUGAAUUUGGUAAUACUUAAGAAAGUACAUAUUUACCAUUUGGUUUAGAAGUUUGAUUUUUAAGAAACUGUCAUAGGAAAUAAAAUGAUUGAGUAGCAAUGAGCAGCAAAAUGCAGCCUCUGGGACCAGAAAUCAGACAUCUGGAAAACAACAACUUGGUGUAAAGACAAUCACUGGCAGAUCUCUAGGAAAUGGAAAGGAAUUGACAGGAAAAUUGGAAACUGCAGAUAAGCUGCAGAAAUAUAGCAAUGCAGAGAAAAGAAUUAAGCAUUCUGGAAGCUCACUGUGUCCCCUAGGGAGAAAAAAAACAUAAUGAAGCGAGGAGGUUUACUCCAAAACUGAUACCUGCAAGGCAGGCUAAAGUUGGAGGAAAAAUUCAAUGCAAUGUCCCCCCAUAUUUCUAAAGACUGUUUGUUCAGGAGCCAUUUUGGGAAAGGAUUGGUUAUUUAAGACUGAGCCACAUAACAAUGACAGCUUCACUUUAAGGUUUCCAGUGUUAUCGUCCCACACUGAUUGGGUGAAAGAUAGGCAUGGGAAACAGUCUUGCAGAGGGUGAGCCUUAGAAGUAGACCAUCUGAGAAAUUUAAUCUCAGGGUAGGAAAGACAGGGCUCCACACUCAGUGGUGAGACUUUAGGCCCAGCAUGUGUCUUUUAGGGUUGGCUGGGUCUGAAAAUGAUGGCAUUAAUUUCUGAGUCAGCUUGAACCCUUGCCCUGCUGCCUACAUCCAACACAAAUCAAGGUCUGAUUGCUUUUUCUAUCUACCAGUGACAGCAAAGAUAUACACAGCCUGGGGUAAAUGGACAGAGGGACCUCUGGAGCAGGGGACACCUCAUAAAUCACAGGCCAUAAAACAAAGUGGAGAAAACCAUCACUUGUUACAUCCUAAAGCUAUGUAUUCUAUAAAGAAGCAAGUCAUUCAGAAAUACAGAGGAAUAUUUUUUUGGACUCAUUCUAUAUUGUUAGUAGGAAUGUAAACUAAUACAACCAUGGUGGGAAUCAGUAUGGCGGUUUCUUUUUUUUUUUUUUUUUUUUUUUUGGUCUUUUUCAUUUUUAUCGGUACCAGGGAUCGAACUCACGACUGCCUGCUUGCAAGGCAGGCGCUUAUGCCGCUGAGCUAAAUCCCCAGCCCCAGUAUGGCGGUUUCUUAAGAAAAUAAAAAUACAAUUCCAUUGGACCUAGACCUAGCUAUUUUCCUUCUAGGUAUCUUGCUGAAAAAGCAAGAGACAUUAUAUUAUAUUGACACAUAGGUUCCCAUGUUUAUAGUAGCACAACUCAUAAUAGCUAAAUCUUGGAAUUGGCCUAUAUAUCUAUCAACAAAUGAAUGAAUAAAGAAAAGGUGGCAUUUGUUCACAAUAUAGUACUACAUUACCAUCAGGAAGGGUAAUGUUGAGUCAUUGGUAGGAAAAUGCAUGCACCUUGAGACCAGUAUGUUAAGUGAACUAAAUCACACACAGAACCUUAAGGAUCACAAGGUUUCUCUUAUAUAAGAAAUUCAAAAUACAAAUAAGGAGUAAAAAUAAUAGAAAAUAGAUCUUUUGCAAAGGGGAAAAUAAUCAAGAGAUGAAGCAGAAGAGAAGAAAGUAAUGGAAAAAAGAAUUAAGGGGUGUUACGCAUAUCUACCAAUUCAUCAGACAAAAUGUCAUCAUUAUGUAUUGCAAACAUGCAAUAAUAAAAAUCACAAAAAGUGAAGUUUAUUUUGAACUGACAAAAGAACUUAUCAAAAGGAUACGUCUCAAAUACAUUAAAAUGCAUACUUUUGAAGAUAAUUACUGUAGCUUUAAAAUUGCAAAAUAUUGGAAAUAAAUGUUCUUGAAUAGCAUAGUGGUUGAAUAAAUUAUAAUAUAUUUUUCUUCAUCCAGUGGAAUACCUUGUAGCUAAUGAAAAUAAUGAGAAAGUUAUCUGUUAACCUAACUAAAGUGAUUUUUAGAAUAUUGUGUUAAAUAAAAAUAAUAAAAUGCAACAGAGCACUUGUAUGGUGCUAUCUUUCAUAUGAGAAAGGAGAUAUAAAAAAAUAAAUUUGUGUGCAUAUACCUUGUGUAAAAGAAAUACAGGGGAAGUACACCAGAAUCUGAAGAAAUUAGUUACUUAAAUAGGGUGAGUAGAAAUUAGAUGGAAAGGAAGGAGAAUGAGAACAGAGUAAAAUGGGUAAGGAUAAUACCUGUUUUAACAGUUUUGACUCUUAAAAUCAUAUUUUGUGUAUAAAAUUUAUGACCCUCACAGAUUUAAUGUUAAGAGAAUGAUUUAGAGCAUACAGUUCUGGUUCUUUAUGUGAAUAUUUUUAUAUACAUUCCAGAUUUAUUUUUGCUCAAUAUUUUGUGUUGAAAGCAUUGUGAUAUUACUUCCUAACUAGCCUCUCAGUUAAAGUGGAAUACUAUAUUAUUUAAUAAUAUGUUAAAAGUACACUGCUGAGAUUUUGUUUGCUUUUAUUCUUUCGUUGAAGUUUUCCUUUUAAAAAUUCUAUGUUAUUAAAAAUUGCCUUAGGUGCGGUGUUGGGGUUUUAUUGUUUUGUUUGUUUUUAUUGUAUUGUUUAUUUUAUAUGUUUUCUCUAUUUAGUCUAAGAAUAUUUACAAAGCAAUAUAGUACCUAUAGAAAAGUGAAAAUUGAAGUAAUUACUAUUUCAUUAUUUUCCUUUUUUUAUCUUAGUUUUAGGUUGGCUUAAAAUUAUGCUGAUUUAUAUAGAAGUAUAGAGGUCGGUGACACAGUAGAGGCACAACUUUAAUACCUUGUAUAUCUUGAAGGAAUGCUAGUAAAUUGUCUGAAUAUUAGAGAUUGUGCAAAAA